AUGAACAAAGAUAAAAAAGAUCACAAUCAAGAGUUGCUGAGAUAUGCUCCAACGUUGUUACUCAAUAAGACAACUUGCAAAGAACAUUAUGAGGACUAUGCAAAUAUGAGUUAUGUUAUCGAAACAUAUAUGAUAUGCACUCUAGGUAAAGGUAAUAUUGAUGAUGGAGGCAAUACAAUUGUUACUAGUUUACCAAUACAAAAUGGAUGCACUAAAGAGCAGGCGAAAGUAUUAGGAUUUGAGGGAGUGUCAUGUGAAGAAGAAGAAUAUGAGGACGGUGAUGAAACAAGAAGGCAGUUAGAUGGAAAAGAUGGCUUAAAUCAAACGUAUAUUGAUAAUAUGGCUGGAGGAUUCAACGAGUCCAUUGAUUGGAAGUGGUUAGAGACGGGAAGGAGAAGUGGAAUUUGUCAGAAUGAUCAUGGAGGACCGCUUAUCACGUGGUCAGGAGCUCGUGAGAUUUUAAUAGGCGUGGCAUCAGUAUUUAAAGUAUCAGAUCAAUACGACUGUAUGGGCCCAUACUUAUUUACAAGCACUCUUUGUACAGGGCUGUUUUUGGAUUGUAUAUUGACUUCUGCAAUGAGUUCUAGCCAAAAUGGCACGUCUAAGAAUCGAAGGGAUUUAUGUGACAGACCGUCAUAUGAGAAGGGAUAUGAGACUGUGGAAAGACACAUAAGAUGGAAAGAUAACCCACCUGUAUUAGAGAAAUGGUCCUACAUAGAUAUAGCUUUAGCAAAAGUUGAAUCACCUUAUGAUUUUGAAGACACUACGUAUGAAAGAUUGUGCUCCUACAAACCAGCUAUAAUUCCAAUCAAUUAUGAUCCUAAAUAUCAAACAACGGAUGUCGAUUCAAUGGUAAUGGGAUUUGGCCACAAAUCACUUUGGCGGCAGAACGAUCACGGUGGCCCUCUUGUCACUUGGGUGGGGAGUCGGGAAAUUAUCAUCGGUAUAGCAUCGGUGUUUAAAAUAAACGAAGAAAAUGCUUGUAUUGGACCGUUUUUGUACACCAGUACACAAUGUAACUCAGCUUUCCUGGACUGUGUUUUAAACAAUCCUUACUGGUUGGAUAAGCCUGGAGAUGCAAAACCCGUGGAGACGAAUAAAACAAAAACACGUGGACCAGCACAAAAUGAACUGCAGCCAGAAACACAGGAAUUUGAAAGACGAAUAGUGACAGAACAAAAUUAUAGUAAUAGACAAAGAUUCUAUGAAUUGGUGGGCAACACUAAAAACCAUUUACCAAUCCUAGUUGUCUUGUAUACAGAAUCUCAUGGCGAGAGAAGAAUAAUUGAUGGCAAUGAAGUUUCUGAAGAUAAAUCGUAUGUGGUAUAUUUAGUAAAAGCGCCAUUUUCGAAUAAAAUCUACGACUCAUGGCUUUGUGGCGGAGCACUGGUUUCUAAAGAGUUCAUUUUAACAUCGGCCGCUUGCGUUGAAGAUGUGGACUUUUUAUACGCUAUCGCAGGUUACAAAAAAUAUGUAAAAGACAAGUUUAUUGAACAUGAUGACUGCACCAAGACAAUGAAGAAAAAAGUGAUAUACACUUGUGUGCCGGUGGGUUAUGAAAUAAGGUACGAGAGACUGGAUAAAUGGGCACUAAUAGAUAUAGGUGUCGUUAAAGUUGAAUCUCCUUACGAUUUUACUGACCAAUCGUACAAGACAAUAUGUUCGUACACACCGUCAGUGAUACCAGUUAGUUAUGAAGCAAGGUACCAAGAGCCUGGAACUGAUGCUAUUGUGUUUGGAUGGGGACAUUUAUUAAAAUGGAGAAAGAAAAGUGAUAACAAGAAUCACAAUCAAGCACAUUUAAAUUAUGCUUCCGUAAUGAUAAUUGAUAAAGAAGAAUGCAAGAAACAUUAUAGUGAUUAUGAAAAUAUGACUGAAGUUAUAGACAAGUACAUGAUUUGUACAUAUGGACAGGGUAACAUUGAUGACCGUGGAGAUCCUAUAGAAGCGGGAAAAGCCCAAUACAAUGGAUGUAAUCCGAAAGACAAGAAUUAUGCGAAUGAUCAUGGCGGACCACUAGUUACUUGGGUGGGAACCCACGAAAUCCUCAUCGGUAUAGCCUCUGUGUUUAAAGUGUCAGAGGACUCUGAAUGCGAGCUGUAUGCAGAAAGAGACCAGGAGAUGAAGGUCACCCCACAGUUGAACGACAUAUUUCUUGGCUACACCAUCCAGCUGGAAUACGAACUAAACUACCAUCAAGUGGAAAAGUGGUCUUAUAUAGACAUUGCUAUAGUAAAAGUAGAAUCGCCGUUUGAUUUUAACGAUAGCAAGUAUGAAACGCUCUGUUCGUACAAACCUAAAGUUAUAGGAGUUAAUUAUGAGCAACGUUUUCAAGAGUCGGGUAUCGAUGCCCUGGUGUAUGGAUGGGGGCAUCUAGAAGUUUGGCGACAAAAUGAUCACGGUGGACCUCUAGUUACUUGGGUGGGUGCCAACGAAGUGCUAAUCGGUGUUGCAUCCGUUUUUAAAGUGACGAGUACCUCCAAAUGUACCGGACCCUAUCUCUAUACAAGCACACGGUGCAAUGGAAUGUUUCUGCAUUGCAUAUUAUCGUCUAAAAGAAGAAGAAGAUCCAUAUGUGAUAGUCCACCGAUCCAAAGAGGUUAUGAAACUGUUGAGAAAUUCAUUUCAUGGAAAAGUCAUCCUGCUGGGCCGGCACAGAAUGAAAUUGAUAUCGACAAUCAGGAAAAACCUGAGAAUCUGAAGAUGAAAAGGGAGUUUUCGAAAUUAGUUAAGUUUUCCGACAAUCAAAUGAUUGCCCUUAGACCACAGAAACCUAUUAGUAAUACAUAA